UGACAAUUUGUAUGUUUUAUGUUUAAAUGAAUAUAAAUAAGUUACUACAAUUUAUACGUAUGUGUCACUGAAUAAUUUGCAAAAUCCAAAUCUUCAAUUGAUUACAAAUUUGGGAUGGAUAAUAAUGACUCUUCCGGAAAAUCAAGCACCACAUCUGAUGUCUGCAGCUCUCAAUCAGUUAAGGAGGAAUCCAGGGAGCAACCCAAACCCCCUUUUGUAGGGUUUGGAAUUUUAUGUUGCAUCCUGGCAAGCAUAUUUUACUUGCUUAGCGCACUAGUUGUGAAAUUUGUAAAAUCUGUUGGAGUUAUGGAGGUUGUAUUGGCAAGAUGCUGGGUUCAAUUUAUGCUAAUGCUGCCGUAUGUUUUUUACAACUGGACAAACAAAGGUGUGGAUUUCAUUGGCGAUCUGAAAACCUUGGUGCUUUUUUGGAUGCGUGCUUUUACUGGCCUCUGUGCAACCUUUUUGUUUUACCAGAGCCUUUUAUAUCUACCAUUAGGUGAUGCUAUAACUCUUGCAUUUUUAAGUGUUACCUUUUCUCAGUUGUUGGGGUGUCUGUUUCUGCAUGAAAGAUCAAGUUUGUUGGACUAUUUACUCAGUGUUUUUAUAAUAUGUGGAGUCGUGCUCAUAGCAAAACCACCCUUCUUGUUCAAUCAAUCAGAGACUUACAGCAGUGACAAGCUGAUUGGAAUUAUUUUGGUAGUUGCUCAUUCUUUUCUGGCAGCAGGAAUGUACAUACUCAUUAGAAAACUAUCCACAUCCUCUCAUGGAUCUCUUAAUGUUUUUUACUAUGGAUUCGUGGGUUUAAUUGUUGUGCCAAUCUUCUCAAAAACUAUGGGUGUGUUCCAACUUCCAUGCUCUUCAGAUCUCAUCUUUCUUCUCCUUGUCGGACUCUUAGGAGGAUUAGGACAAGUCCUCUUGACAAUCGGACUCGUUUAUGAGACAGCAGCUACAUUUGCGAUGCUGGAUUCAUUUCAAAUUGUUUUUGGCUUUGUAUUUCAGAUUGUCGUCCUUGAUGAACCUCUGUCUUAUUUAAGUUUGGGAGGUGCUUUCCUCGUCUUAAUAAGCAUUAUGGGAAUGACUGCUCAGAAAGUUUGUCAAGAGAACAUCAACCAAAGUUCUAAUAGAUUCAAGUGUCUUUUUCAACAUUAACUUUAUGAUCGCUAUGCACCGUUUUUUUAUCAUGAAUAAUUUACAUUAAUUGUAUAUGACGGAAAAUUAGCAAAAAAAGUGUAAUUUCAAAACUAAAAUGUGAAGUAAAAACUAAGAACUGUUGCUAUAUAACAUCUAAUAGGCCUAUUAUUAUAAAAACCUGACAUUCUUUUGUUUAACAGAAUCAGUAUUUUUAUUUGCAUUUUGCCAAAGAAACCAGUAUUUUUAGCUCGAUUGCUUUUUGUAUGCGAAAUUCCUUUUUGUGUGGGAGUGUUACAGCAUGCACUGUGUUGUUACUUACCAUUUCCUCAUUAACUUCGAUAAUCUGCUUCUCUUCACUAUGAUUAAAGAAUAAACAAAAAUUUUAUAACUUUA